AUGGCGUCUGUGUCGGAAGGCAGCUCGCAUCGUCAACACCAGCAACAGCAUCGUGGGGCCACGGGCAGAAUCAGCGGUUCCUGCUCCGGAUCCGGGCUGCCGCCCCCAGCGAACGACACCACGACCACCGCCAUCACGGCGUCCACUGCCAGCGCUGCUCUUCCUUCUGCCACCCAUCCCGACCCCGACCCCGACCCUCGUUCCUCCACGUUUUGCUCGGUCAGCACGCUCCCGCCCGUCCCCCUCUCCGACCCUCACCCUCACCCUCCUCCUCCCCUCGCAAUCUGUGGUCACGAGGGUGGUUUCGUCCAGCCCUCCUCCUAUCUCCGAUCACGUCGUCCUUCAUAUCCAAUGCCCGCAACUCAGCCUGAGAGGGCGAUCGAUCGGGAAGAGCGACAAGGCCUACGUGCCAUCCGCAACUUCCUCAAGGUCCGCACAAGCUAUGAUGUCCUUCCUCUAAGUUUCCGGCUCAUCGUCUUCGACACCGCGUUGACAGUGAAAGAGAGCUUGAACAUCCUCACCCAGAACGGAAUUGUCUCCGCGCCAUUAUGGGAUUCCAAAUCGUCCACCUUCGCCGGCCUUCUGACUACCUCCGAUUACAUCAACGUCAUUCAAUACUACUUCCAGAACCCUGCGGCUCUCGACAAGAUAGACCAACUUCGAUUGGAUAGCCUUCGAGAGGUGGAAAGGGCAUUGGACGUUGCUCCCCCAGAGACGAUAUCUAUUGAUCCAGAGCGACCGCUGUAUGAGGCUUGCCGGCGCAUGCUCGAGUCCCGAGCUCGAAGGAUUCCGCUUGUCACCAAUGAUAGCCAGACAGAUCGCCACCUUGUCCUCAGCGUCAUAACCCAGUACCGAAUCCUGAAAUUCGUGGCCGUCAACGUUAGUGAUACGCAGAAACUACGGAAACCCCUGGGAGAAAUCCGGCUAGGGUCCUAUCAUGACAUUGCGACCGCGUCGAUGGACACGCCGGUCAUUGACGUGAUUCACAUACUGGUCCAAAAGAGUAUUUCUAGCGUACCCAUUGUAAACUCGGAAGGCGUCGUAUACAAUGUUUUCGAAUCCGUUGAUGUCGUCACCUUAAUCAAAGGUGGUGCCUAUGACGAUUUAAGCCUCACAGUAGGCGAAGCAUUGAAGAAGCGGUCUUCGGUACGCGUUGAGUUCAUGUUUUCAAAAGAAUUUGCUGACCGCGCUCGCAGGACUUCCCCGGAAUUUACACCUGCUCGCUAA